CAUAAUUCUUCGAGCCAACUAAUCUUUUUUAUGAGGUAUAUACAUGUUGCUUGGGCAAACGUUUUCUCUCUCCGGGAGGACGGUGAGCCUCUUGACAUAUCGAGAAAAUUCAAGAUCUUCGGAGCCCGACACGCGUACAUCUCGGUACCGUACGCACGCGGUGACCGGCGUACCACUCGGUGCAAAGCGAAAUACGUAUACCCAGGAAACUACAGAGAUGGACCGUAAACAAGUCCAAGAUGCAGGAGGAUCAAAAGUAGCGAGGACCAUUAGAUACGCUUUUCCCGAAGAAAACAAAAUGGCGGCCGAUAAACGCUUCGACUCCGAAGAAAUAAUAGCGACGUCGACGACGGAUGUGCCUCAACGGUAUUCCCAUUUGGUGAGAAACGUACCGUUACUGGGUCAUAAAUAACGUAUUCAUUGCCGAGGCAGUCGUCAAUGGAGGAAU